AUGGGACAGGUGGCAACCGCGAUCUGCGGGAAGCUGCUGGGUAGCAGCGCCUUCUGCCAGUCCAAGUGCAGGAACAUCAACUGCUGUACUUCGAGCGCGGAGCUCAAGGUCUACGACCCCUUCUCCCGACCGCCUUGGAUGCAGCAGCCGCCCGUCUACGAUCCCCGGUGGCCCCGCCAACAACCCCGGGCGCCCACCGACGGCAGUGACACGGAGCUUCCGAGCGAGCGGUUCGCCUGCAAGAAACUCAAGCUGAUGACGUCCAUCUGGGUGGACAGCAGAAAGCGUGCGGCCGGGACGGAUGCGGACUUCGAGUUUGACGUCGGGCAGACGGUGCACCUCCAAGGCUCGGCGCGGCUUUCCGUGUUCAAGAUUCGGGUUGCGGACACCUUUCUUAGCACCGAUCGGGGCACCUACAUGUACUGGAGGGCCCAAGCCUUGGAGACGCUCAACUGGGCGCAGCUUCCUGUCGGAGCCUACACGGGCGCUACCAACGAGAUCACCGUCUCCCACGACGUUUCGGAGAUGAGGGAGCUCCUCUCACUGCGAAAGCAGCUCACGCAUGAGGCCUAUCGCCAAGCUUGGAUGGAGGGAAUUCCUGGUGAGGCCGUGAUCUCCUACCGUUUCGAGUCUCGCAACCAUGUGGUCAACCUGGUUUGCGUGCAAAAAGUAGGACUUUCGCCCUUCACUGACAAGGUGUAUCAGCUCGACAGGCACAACAGUCGACCGCACGGUCACUGGCGCAACUUGAUCUUUGAAGUGAUCAGCUUCCUCGCGCCUGGAGGGUACCUGGUCCUGGAGCAGCGAGGCGAGAUCGCAGUUGGA